AACGAUUUAUUAUGCACUAUUUCAUUUAAAAAUGACGUCCGAACUUUUGACAUAACCCCUGACCUUCAAACUCUGGGCUGACCUUUUGACUCCAAACAUCACGAUCGCGGCUCAAAGAUGAGUGACGGAUUUAACAGAAUUAUUCAACAGCUUGGGUACGAAAAACAAUUCACGGCGCCUAACUGUGCAAGAGUUACCGUUCCUGGGCUGACCUAUACCUCCUUUGAUGGCCAUGCUUCUCCUCAACCAUGGAGCGUCGUCAGUAUCAUACAUUCCUCCCAGAUUGACACCACAAACGCGCCAGAGGACGGAGAGUCAAUUCUGGGUCUUCACCAUCUCUUUGGUAAAAACACCAUAUUUGUAGUUGUGACAAAGGUGCUCUUUUACGACAGGCUCUAUGAUGAAGGUGUCGCAAAGGCCCCUCUGUGUAUGGACACCAGCGUCAGCAACGUCGGAAGAAGCACCGUCGUGAUUGACACAGUGAUGACAUCGGGUCAAAUUCCACUGGCCAAGUAUCAAAGUAGCUCAAUAAUAAUGGAUAGAACCCAUGGAAAUCCCGUCGAGAUUCCCCAGCAAUGGAAGAGUACAUACGGUCACUUGUGCCAAACAGGCGAGCCAAUGAGAUUCCGUGCUCUCGAGAGGCCAACUGACCAAUCAUGUGUAAGCAAGGUGUCGGCUGGGCGUGUGUCUUAUAGCGAUACCGACGCUAACCGCCAUCUGAACUUUUCAAACUAUUUGAGAUUUUGCUAUGAUGGUUUUAUCAGCGGGUAUCUAAGAAAUGAUCGUACACGAUUUCCCCGACAAUCAGUUCAACUCAAAUCUGCUUUCGCAUGGUACAGGAAACAAUGUUACUAUGGUGAUGACCUUGAACUUGAGUUUUGGGAACACCAGACAAAACCGGGUACCUUUUGUGUAGAUAUGUUGAGAAAUGGUGAAAGUGUUUAUCAGUGUUUACAUGAGUUUUACAACAUCAAAAGUAUCAGAAGUUCUCUGUGAUAAACAAUUGGGUGUGGACGCCAAUACUGUGCAUAGUUAAGGGAAAUCAUAUAAGUUCUUGGCUUAUUACGAGGGGGAAUACUGUUAGUUAUGGUGUCUAUAGUUGCCGCAUACGGUUUCAUAUAAGGUUAACAGAACAAUAUUAAGGUGGGAGUAGGGUGAUUUUCCGUUUGUCUGCAAUCUCUAACCGAUCUAAUCAGACAAACAAAUAGGUAUUUUCAUCCAGAAAAUAUGGUCAGUUGUAAACCUUUUCAACAUUCACUAUGAUGGCAUUCACAAAGACAUAAACAAAAGUACAAAAAUUCAGAGAGCAAAAUUCAAGAUUCUUCAAAUGGCCGCGCCCACACUGGUAGUAGCGAUGUUACCGAGAGUGAAGCGAAGGAGCUUGAGUUUUUAGUAAAGUGAGAUCACUCUAGUAACUGUGUCUCCAAGAAAUGUAUAACACCAUGACAAUGCGUUUAUAACCUGAGAGAAACAUAUAUCUGCCACUCACCACAUUAAUGUUGGCGUUUAAUAAGUGAAUUAACAUAGGAUCAGAUAAAAGACAAUAUCAUCAAAAAUAUAUAUUAACCGUAUAAAACACAGUGCUCCAAAUGAAUUAGUAUUUAAUUUGAGUAUUUACUCACGUGUAAUCAUUCUCUAUGGGUGUUUCAAUUUACUUUUAAUAGUCCCGAUCAAUUGAUAGAAUUAAUUUUUUUUUAAAUUAGUUAUAUAUUCGGAACUAAGGAAAUAGUAAGGCGUCACUUCAUUUUCCAAAUUAUGUGUGAUUGCUUGGAUUUCUGCCCUGGUUAUGUUUGGUGUUCUUGUUGCACCUGCGGAAAAGGUUUCAUUGGGCACACAGAAUGUUAAUAAACUCUUGA